AUGCCGCGAGGACGGGUUCAACCAGUAGCUCGGCGAGGUUCGAAGCCUGCCGGGGGGCCGGCGCCAAUCGAAAUGUAAGAAAACUGUUCUUCAUGACAUUAUCGUAGUCGCAGUUUACCAAAAUAGUUUAUCUUUAGUGGGAAAGAGGCGCUCUCAGUCUGGAAGCAUCUCGAUGUUCUCUGCGAACAUGCCUAUGCUGAAGAUGCCAUUCUUUUGUACGAAGUCACCAAUACAGCGACUGCUUCUAAUCGGUGGUCAAUACCCGACAAAGAAUCCGAAUUUAUCACUUUUCGACAAAUGUGCGAGAUGUACGAUAAGACGAAGCGGUUUGCCCAAGCGGGAGCAGUAAGAAACAAAUGUGCGUCUGGAAAGGAGAGUACAAGGAAUUGUUUAGAUUCUGAAGGCCAUAAUCCAAACGUUCCCGACUGCGCGCCCUUUUACGUACCCGAGUCAUUUAAUUCCGGUUGCUCCUGAAGACGUGAGAGAAGAGACGGAGAACCAGAAGGAGAGCGAGGACUUCAUUUGGUACUGUUAUUAUUGUGUUCUUCACAAAACUAACAAGUACAGAGAGGCAUACGGUGUGCAUUCGUUCUCCGACAAAAUAUGGUUUUCGUUUGGUUUCAGAUGCUCUGAUGCAAAUUCGUGGAACUUAUUAUCGUGAGACUGUCAAACGAGAGUUGCCUUCUCUUGAGCGUAUUAUAAAUAAACGAGAGGUUGCAGAUCCGGUGCUCCUCGAGCCGUGGAGGCCUGACAUUCAUGACGAGUUUGUAUUCCUGUCUGCGAAGGAAAUUCAAGAAUUCGAUGUUUCAGAAACAGCGCCAGAAUUUGCUCGUCGUCGCUGAAUCCGGUAAUGUCGAUUCUGAAAAAAGACAACGGCGACGAUUGUCUCGUGAAACGAUUCUCGAAACAAUUUAGAGGUUUUCAGAGUACCUGCUGAAUAGAAAUGAUUGCAAUUUAUAAUUCAGGGAAGGCCAGACAGGAUGUGUUUUGGUGGCUGAAAUCGGCCGAAUCGGUUGGCAAAAACAACAUUUAUAAGGCGAUUAAUGAUCUGACGAAAAUGAGCCAUCAGAACCCAAGGGUGCUCACCGAAAUGGCUCGUCUCAAUUAUCGAAUCGACAAACGUGACGAGGCGCUCAGACUGCUCAAAACGGCCCACGCAACCGAUCCGCUCUGGAUUGACGGCAUGGAUCUUCUGGUGUUUCUGUGUAUUCAGGACUUUCCGAAGCACGAAACACUCGUGGAGGAAGUCGUUUCUACGUUGAACAAAGAAUGGCCACAUCGGGUGGAGACUCUUGUCGUCAGCGGAUUUUUGGCUCAUCGUAAUAAUGACCGCUUUUCUUCCUUUUCAAAUAAAUUUCGCUUUCAGAGAAAAGUCUGGAAUUAGCGUGCGCUUUCGCGAGACGAUCGAUGAUGUUCGUGGUUGCGGGCACUGACCAAUACGUGUUCGCCAUUCAUCUGAGGGCUUACUGUUUGCGAUCUUUGCAAGUGAAAGCGAGGAACAUUGAGGUCAUUCGAUGUGAGAACAGCUUCCCCCGAAUACUCAUCGCUUAACAGAUUAUUUAGAUCGGCAAGAGUUGAGAAAUCUGAUGGCCGAAGCGGUCGCAGUGAUGCCGCACAGCGCCGAUCUCGCACUUCUGCACGUGGACACACUUUUGGAGGACGAUGAGUGAGUUCGAAAUGGUGUAUGUUUAAAAAAAAGCAUAAACAUAUUACAGCGGACACCGUGAGGCCAAAAUCUUCGCCACCAAAUUCUUGCACGAAAAUCCGACGAAUGUGCACGCGAAACUGCUGAAAGUGCACGUGCUGGUGAACGGAGUCAGUCGGAAUCCCGACAUGAAUCACUCCACCGUAAGUGUUUUUUUUUCUGGCUCCUGCUAAUAUCGAAAGGAUCAGGAACUAUUCCGUCUGCUGGAGGAGGUCACCUCGGAAUUCCCGCAUAUUCUGGCUGCGUUCUGUUUCCUGCUCAACGAAUAUUCUCGAAUCGGCGACAAUCCAAUGUGCAAAGAUGUGCUUAAACGACUGACGAGGACGAGAAAGUGUUUGCCCGCCUCGAAAACGGCCAAAUUCCAUCGGGUAAAGGCGGACUACCUGCUGAAGUUCCGUGACGUCAUUCCGGCGUAUGAGCACUUGAUGGCUGCAAUUGCAAAGGGAUCGCCCAUCGAUCACGCACAGGUGAGAAAUUGAAAACGGGAAAAAACAGAGGGAAAUACUCGUUUCAGAUGUCAAACUACGAAACGGAAUUCGCAUCAAGUCGCGCCGUCAAAGGAGACUAUCAGAACCUCGCAUUUUUGGAUCAUGUGUCAGUUUUUCGAUGAUAUAAACAACUCAUGCUUUUUUAUGAUUUCAGUGCGUUUGAUCACAACCGUCCGUCGACUUCUGCUGUUACCGUAAAUGCCCCUCCUGCCGGAGCGUCCCCACCGCUUCAAGAAGUUGUAAAUGUUCAGAAUGAACAAGAAGGUGCCAUCUAUUCUUCCGACGACGAAGAUGAGGAUGAAGAUGAAUUGUCCAGCGAUGACGGAGAAGUCAUUGAAGAUAAUGAAGUGCUGAACGAGAUCCCUUGA